UUUUUCUUUUAUGAUUCCAAAAUCUAAACCCCUAAUAUGGACUCAACAUAUAUGUCGAAUACAACACUCUGAACUGACCUUCAGGCCUGCUUAAUACGGAGUAUAACCCUUUUCUCCAGAACUAGAACCAGAGCAGAUUUCCGCCCUCGGUAGGUACUUGAUUCAUACAAACUCACCUCUAAACGGCUCGAGAAACUAGGGCUAAAGCAUCAGCGCAAGGUUAAUUGAGGAUUCAUAAUGGACGAUGAGAUACAGAAGACCCAGGAGGAGAGGAAGAAAAUGGAGCAGCAGCUUGCUUCUCUUACUGCCGUGGCUUUUGAUAAGGAUCUGUACAGUUCUGACAGGUUUGAGGGGUAUGAGAAGUCGAUACCUGUCAAUGAUGAUGAAGAUGCUUUUGAGAACACGGAAAGUGAGAUUGCUCGAAAGAUGGCAUCCUUCACAGCCCCAAAACAGUUGUUAAACGAGGCUCCCAGGAGUGGUGGAGAUGAGGAUCAUAAUUUAGGUUUUAACAAACCAAGUAAGAUCAUUGAUAGGGAGGAUGAUUAUCGUAAACGGAGAUUGAACCGAAUUAUAUCACCUGAAAGGAAUGACCCUUUUUCGGACAAGACACCUGGUCCGGAUGAGAGGACAUAUGCUGAUGUUAUGCAGGAGGAGGCUCUUAAAAGACGAAAAGAAGAUUUGAUGAGGGAAAUUGCGAAAAAGAAGAAGGAAGAAGAAGAAGCAACAAAGACCGAAAAGGAUGGAGAGAAGUCAUCGGCUCAGAAGAGGAGGAAUAGGUGGGACCAGUCUCAGGAUGAGAACAGUGUGAAAGAGAAAAAGAAGGCCAAGUCAGGUUCUGACUGGGAUCUGCCUGACUCAACUCCUGGGAUUGGAAGGUGGGAUGCAACUCCCACUCCUGGAAGGGUUGGUGAUGCUACUCCCUCGGUGAGACGGAAUAGGUGGGAUGAAACCCCUACCCCAGGUCGGGUGGCUGAUUCUGAUGCCACCCCUUCUGCUGGUGGAGCUACUCCUGGGGCUACGCCUGCCGGAAUGACAUGGGACUCUACCCCAAAAAAUUUGGGUCUUGCUACCCCUACACCCAAAAGGCAGAGAUCAAGGUGGGAUGAGACUCCUGCAACCAUGGGGAGUGCAACACCAAUGGAAGGUGCUACACCAUCAGGGGCUUAUACGCCGGGUGUAACUCCUAUUGGGGGAAUUGAACUUGCAACCCCGACUCCUGGUUCCCUUAACAUGCGGGGUCCUCUUACACCUGAACAAUAUAAUCUAAGUAGGUGGGAAAAAGACAUUGAAGAAAGGAACCGCUACUUGACAGAUGAGGAGCUCGAUGUGAUGUUUCCUCAAGAAGGAUACAAGAUAUUGGACCCCCCAGCUGCCUAUAUUCCAAUAAGAACCCCUGCUAGAAAACUUCUUGCCACCCCAACCCCAAUGGGGACUCCUUUGUACAACAUUCCAGAGGAAAACAGGGGCCAACAGUUUGAUGUGCCAAAAGAAAUGCCUGGUGGUCUGCCACUUAUGAAACCAGAGGAUUUCCAAUACUUUGGCUCCUUGUUGAAUGAAGAAAAUGAAGAGGAGUUGUCUCCCGAUGAGCAGAAGGAACGGAAAAUUAUGAAACUCCUGCUGAAGGUCAAGAAUGGCACACCCCCUCAGAGAAAAACAGCUUUGAGACAGCUGACAGAUAAAGCCAGAGAUUUCGGUGCAGGCCCGCUCUUCAACCGAAUUCUUCCAUUGCUCAUGCAACCGACAUUGGAAGACCAAGAAAGGCACUUACUGGUGAAAGUUAUCGAUAGGGUGCUCUACAAGCUGGAUGAGUUGGUUCGUCCAUACGUGCACAAGAUUCUUGUGGUGAUUGAGCCUCUACUGAUUGAUGAGGAUUACUAUGCUCGUGUUGAAGGAAGGGAGAUUAUUUCCAACCUUAGCAAGGCAGCCGGUUUGGCAACUAUGAUUGCCGCCAUGCGACCGGAUAUCGAUAACAUUGAUGAAUACGUGAGGAACACCACAGCCAGAGCCUUCAGUGUUGUUGCCUCUGCACUUGGUAUUCCCGCCUUGCUGCCGUUUCUCAAAGCAGUUUGUCAGAGUAAGAAAUCCUGGCAGGCUCGUCAUACAGGUAUAAAGAUUGUUCAACAGAUUGCGAUUUUAAUUGGCUGUGCUGUUCUUCCACACUUGAGAUCUUUGGUGGAAAUCAUAGAGCAUGGGUUGAAUGACGAGAACCAGAAGGUUCGAACCAUUACGGCUCUUUCCUUAGCUGCUCUUGCUGAGGCUGCUGCACCAUACGGUAUUGAGAGCUUCGAUUCAGUAUUGAAGCCCUUAUGGAAGGGUAUCAGAUCACACCGUGGAAAGGUUUUGGCCGCAUUCUUGAAGGCAAUUGGUUUUAUCAUUCCACUUAUGGAUGCCAUUUACGCCAGCUAUUAUACAAAGGAAGUGAUGGUCAUUCUCAUCCGUGAAUUUCAAUCGCCGGAUGAAGAGAUGAAAAAAAUCGUGUUAAAAGUGGUGAAACAAUGUGUGAGUACGGAAGGUGUGGAACCUGAGUAUAUUAGGACUGAUAUCCUUCCAGAGUUCUUCCGUAAUUUCUGGGUUAGGAGAAUGGCAUUGGAUCGCCGAAACUACAGGCAGCUUGUAGAAACUACAGUAGAAAUUGCAAACAAGGUGGGCGUUGCGGAUAUAGUGGGCAGAGUUGUUGAAGACCUAAAAGACGAAAGUGAACCGUAUAGAAGAAUGGUGAUGGAGACUAUUGAGAAAGUUGUUGAGAAUCUUGGUGCAUCUGACAUAGAUUCUCGUUUAGAAGAGCUUCUGAUUGAUGGAAUCCUUUAUGCUUUCCAAGAGCAGACCAGUGAUGAUGCAAACGUGAUGCUAAAUGGAUUUGGUGCCGUGGUCAAUUCCCUUGGACAGAAAGUGAAACCAUACCUUCCUCAGAUAUGCGGUACAAUAAAGUGGCGUCUUAACAACAAGAGUGCUAAGGUGAGACAACAAGCUGCCGAUUUGAUAUCCAGAAUCGCAGUGGUCAUGAAACAGUGUGGUGAGGAACAGUUGAUGGGCCAUCUUGGUGUCGUCCUGUACGAGUACUUGGGAGAAGAAUACCCUGAGGUUCUUGGAUCCAUUCUGGGUGCCCUCAAGGCGAUUGUGAAUGUUAUUGGUAUGACUAAAAUGACACCUCCAAUCAAAGAUCUGCUUCCCCGAUUAACUCCUAUUUUGAAAAAUCGGCACGAGAAAGUCCAAGAGAACUGUAUCGAUCUGGUCGGGCGUAUUGCAGAUCGCGGGGCUGAGUUUGUACCUGCGAGAGAAUGGAUGCGGAUCUGUUUCGAGCUUCUUGAGAUGCUCAAGGCACAUAAGAAGGGUAUCCGGCGGGCAACAGUCAACACUUUUGGAUAUAUAGCUAAGGCAAUUGGACCCCAGGACGUUCUUGCUACCCUGCUGAACAACCUCAAGGUGCAGGAACGUCAGAACCGUGUGUGCACAACAGUAGCAAUUGCAAUCGUGGCUGAAACCUGCUCUCCCUUCACAGUCCUACCCGCACUAAUGAAUGAAUACCGGGUCCCGGAGCUUAACGUCCAGAACGGUGUCCUAAAGUCCCUUUCCUUUCUGUUCGAGUAUAUUGGUGAGAUGGGGAAGGACUACAUAUAUGCUGUGACUCCUUUGCUUGAGGAUGCUUUGAUGGAUAGGGAUUUGGUACACAGGCAAACGGCAGCUUCUGCCGUGAAGCACAUGGCAUUAGGGGUAGCUGGUCUUGGAUGUGAAGAUGCACUGGUCCACCUUCUGAAUUACGUAUGGCCAAACAUUUUCGAAACAUCCCCUCAUGUGAUUAAUGCAGUCAUGGAGGCAAUUGAAGGUAUGCGGGUGGCGCUUGGUGCUGCUGUGAUCCUGAAUUAUUGUCUGCAGGGACUAUUCCACCCGGCACGGAAGGUUAGGGAGGUUUACUGGAAGGUUUAUAAUUCGCUGUACAUUGGAGCUCAGGAUGCUCUUGUGGCGGCUUACCCUGUUCUGGAGGAUGAGGGUAACAAUACAUACAGCAGGCCCGAGUUGACUAUGUUUGUCUGAGUUUUCCCUCCUGCUUCAGGUUUGUUGUGCCUCUUCUUAUGAUCAAUGAAUCUGUUUGUUCGGCUUCAGAUGUAAUCUGGAUUAUGCAGCCACCAUAUGAAGGCACUGGCUCUAUGUUUUGAUAUUGCUGAACAAUUCUGUUCUGAAGUUGCUUUAUUUUUAUAUGUUUGUAGCCUUCAUAUGCUUGUUUAUCCAUAUGGUGUACUUCGUACCUGUAUUUGUUUCUUUUGUUGUUUAUUUUCAACAGGAAACGUUGGGGGAUGGUAAUGUUAGUUUGGACUUCCAGACUAGUUAGACGAACAUUAUUAUUGACACACUCCAGUAAAUGGAGUAUUGAAUAAGGAUGUACGUAGGGAGGAUGGCUUGGGAAAAUACCAGGCAAUAGUAAAACAAUGUCAAUUUCACCCCAAGUAAUAUUUAGACAUCUCACUAGUCUGCAUGAAACAGUCAGGAAUGCUUUGCAUUUCAUGUUUGUGUGGGUGAGAUUGGUUUUGACCGUUUUGUUCUAGUUUUCCUGGAUAAUUAUCUUUUGCAUACCCCUACUACCACUCAUAUGGAGGAGAUAUCACACCUUUUUCCAGGCUUUUCACAUGGUUUUUCUUGAGCAAGUUUUUUGCGUGGCAACUAUGGACGAGGGUGGAGCACUUUGUGUGAAACUGUGAAUUCGAGUUCCCGACUUGUUACAACACCCCCUUUGACAAAUGACAAACUCUCUUGCAAAUAAAACAUACUACGUAGGUUUUAUGAGGAAAUGGAUUCAUCUCGGAGAACACAUGGUAUGAUGGUAAUCUGGUUUUGUAGUUUCAGAGACUAUUCUUGUGUCGGUCUACAAUGGAUCAGUUAUUCUCUUACUUCCCGUAACUCCAUCUUUUGAGACAUGUGUUACUUUCACUAAUACCCAGAUUACCCUUUAUCUGUAUUAUUUAGUGAAUAGAAAUUGCCUAUAUUAUGAUUAUUAUGAAAAUAGUCUCCUUCCAGUCUCUUAGAA